UAAACUUUCCUUUGUGAAUCGGAAGUGGUAUACUAAAGGCGUCUACCCCAAUUGUAACACCAAAGAUAGCGGCAUUGAUAAGUAGUCUGGGUACGGGCAUUGAUUACAACUUUGAUAUCACUUAAUAGAAAAAGAAGUCGUCAAAGCUCUGCUGAAAUGGAAAGUCCAAUUCUAAUGUUUUCAAGGAUUUAGCUGCACAGGUCCAUCUGUCACCCUGGCAACGCUGGAGCCCCCGAAUGGGGAGGAGCCAAGUCCCGGCAUGAUGUUGGUCGCUGGGGCGCCAGGCUCCGCCCCCAGCCCACAGAGCGAAGCAGUGACCAGUGAGCUUCAGGAACUGUCCCUUCAGCCCGCUGCAAAGCUGCUGCCUCUGAGGGAGAGGAAGAACGUCCUCCAGCUCAAACUACAGCAGAGACGAACGCGUGAGGAGCUGGUCAGCCAAGGGAUCAUGCCACCGCUGAAGAGUCCGGCGGCCUUUCAUGAACAGAGGAGGAGUUUGGAGAGAGCAAGGACUGAAGACUACUUGAAGAGGAAGAUCAGGAGCCGCCCUGAGCGUUCUGAGCUGGUCAGAAUGCACAUUCUGGAGGUGGUGUACACAGAGACGUGGGCCGAGCCCUCCCUGCAGGCCAAGCAGCUGCAGCUGAAGAGAGCUCGGCUGGCCGACGACCUCAACGACAAGAUCUCCCACAGGCCAGGGCCCAUAGAGCUGGUCCACAAGAACAUCCUGCCCGUGCCCGUUAACUGCCUCCUGGACUCUCCCAAGGGGGCCGGAGGGGAGAGCUCCUCAUUGGACGAGGACAGCAGCGAUGCCUUGUCUCCGGACCAGCUAGCCAAUCACGACUCUCCCAUGGGCUCUGUCGCCCAGUUGUCACCCUCUGACAUGCUGACCCAGAACGGAGACAUGUCCCCCACGCAGUUUCUUUCUCAGCCCCCUCCUCCGCCUCCACCACCACCGCCACCGCCGCUGUUGCUAAGUGGCACAGACUCCUCCCCCCAGCUGAAGAUGACCAGUGGGGCGCCGACCCCAGUGGCUUCCCGUAAUACUACUGGUCAGAGCAAGUCCCACUCCAAGUCGGGCUCGGACCGCCACCCCCAGCGCCCCAAGAAGGCCAAGGACACCAAGCCCAAGGUGAAGAAGCUCAAGUACCACCAGUACAUCUCCCCGGACCAGAAGGCCGAGCGGGAGCCGCCCCCUCAGCUGGACUCGUCCUACGCCAAGAUCCUGCAGCAGCAGCAGCUCUUCCUCCAGCUGCAGAUCAUCAACCAGCAGCAGCAGCACUACAACUACCACACCAUCCUGCCUGCUCCGCCCAAACCCCCUGCAGAGCAGCCUCCUGCAUCCAACCCCGGACCCUCCCCAUCACGCAGUGUUCCCACGACAACGCCGGCCCCCUCCAGUCAGAGCGCAGCUAGCCGUCAGAGCCAAGCCUCUGUGGGAGGGGCCAAACCAGGGACCCUGCCAGCCAACCUGGACGAGUUCAAGGUGGCAGAGCUGAAACAGGAGCUCAAGCUGCGAGGUCUGACUGUCUCCGGCACCAAAAACGACCUGAUUGAGAGACUGAGAAACUAUCAGGAGCAGCAGGACUCGUCAGCCAGCCCUGCGGGCCCCAAACCCUGCCAGUCACAGUCCAGCACAACCCAGCCCGCUCCUACCAGUCACGGCGGGACUACCACGCUCACGCACCAAUUGGCAGAGCCUAGCACUAAAGUGGCAUCGUUCUCAUUGGCCCAGAAUGUGACCCCAGGGCGGAUCAUGCGCUUUGGUAGCACCAGUUCUUCCCCGCCAGUGUCUCCCUCUCCAUCGGAACGUUCUCUGGCGGCCAUGAGCCCUGACGAGACCAGCUGUAAUGGAGACAUGUUUGGAGAGAUGGUGAGCUCUCCACUGACCCAGCUCACCCUCCACCCCUCCCCCCAACACCCCAGACCUCCCCCACUCCCUCUCACUCCCCAGGUCAAAGAAGAAAACCAGAGGCAUCUCCAGUCCUCCUGCAGCUUUUCCAAAGCCCCGCCCCUUGGGGGCUCCGCAGCCCAACCUGCUGCCCCGGGACAAAAACCCUCAGAAGGGCAGGCCAUGGACACGUCCUCCCUGGACAAGGACCAGAUGCUCCAGGAGAAAGACAAGCAGAUUGAGGAGCUUACCCGCAUGCUGAGGCAGAAGCAGAGGCUGGUGGAGACCCUCCGCUCCCAGCUGGAGCAGGGCAAGACCGGGGGAGGAGGAGAGAUGGAGGUAGGAGAGGGGAGUGCAACACUGGCCGUGAGCCAGUGUGUAGAGGCCCCCACCAAGGCUCCUCUGCCCAAGCCCUCUGCCCAAGCCCCGCACCCUCCUGCCCAGACCAAUGGGUUGAUAGUUGAGGUGAAGAAGGAGGUGGAGGCUGAGGGGAUGGAGGGACUGCAGGACGAAUGCCAGAUGAAGAGACAGACUCAGCCCGCCCAGUGUUCCAAGCAGACACUGCUCAAGCUGCAGCAGAUCCACCGGCUGCAGGUCCAGCAACAUCAGCAGCAUCAGCAGCAACAGCAGCAGCAGCAGCAACAGGUCCAGCAGCACAAGGAGGUUAAGGUCCUUCUGAAGCAGCAGCAGCAGCCACAGCAGAAGACAGAGGCUCAGAUCCUGCUACAGCAACAGCAGCAGCUACAGCAACUCAUCAUCCAGCAGACCCAACAGAAACAGCUCCAGGACCAGAAGAAACUAGCCCAGGCCCAGUUUCAGACCCAGGUCAAGCCCAGUGCCCAGGUCCUGACCCAGGCCAGUGCCAAGGCCCAGCAGGCCAACACCCAGGCUCAAGUACAGGGGAAGCCAGCUCAGACCCAGGUGCAGCUCCAGACCAUCCAGACUAACCAGGCAAAGACCUCGGUCCAAGUCAAGCAGGUCCAGACCCAGGUCCAGACCCAGGCCAAACCAUGCCAGGUCCAGAGGCAGAGCCAGGCUCAGCAGAGAAGACAGCUGAAGACCCAGAGACAUCAGCAGAAACAGCAGGCUGUAUCCACACAACAGGUCACCCCUGUCUUCAUCAGCCAGCAGAAUAGCACCCAGGUGUCGGCCCAGACCAUCUCACUGGACCUCCUCAAGUCUCAGACCGCACCCACCCUGGUCACCGACGGCAAUGGAAACCAUUACUUAAUAGCACUGACCAAUCACAGUCCUGAUGGCCAGAACAGCGUAUCCUCAUUGGGCAAAAGCAGCGGACGCAUUACACUUCAGAGACUGCAGUCAACCCCCACCAAGCUUACAAGCCAAUCACCUCCCCAGACUUCCAGUACAGAAGCCCAAUCAGAACAGCCGGAUCCCGUGAGCCAGCCAAUUAUAAAGGGGCAGAAGGCGGGUCUUCACCUGGAGACCAAUGGCGUGUCCGAGCCCAGACAGCCAGUUUCAGCCCCGCCCAAUCUGCAGCCCUUCUUUGAUGAGGCUUCAGACUCUGACAGCCAGAGCACCAUGCCUCCCUCUCUCAAGGAGAACGGUCUGAGCUACCAGCAGAUGGAUGACCUGUUUGACAUCCUGCUUAAGAGUGGAGAAAUCUCUGGGUUCAAGGCCAAUCCUGACCCCUCGCUCGCCCACCUCCACGCCACCCCAACCUCUCCAUCCCCUCCUCCGUCUCCCCUCCACCUCUCCCCUCCAACCCCCCCAGAGCCCUCCCACCACGUCGCCUGCACAGGAAGUGGCCGCCUGGAGGACUUCCUGGAGACUACCACGGGCACGCCCCUUUUAGGGGUGGAGUCAGACGUGGGCCUUACAUUGAUUGAUGACCUCCACAGCCAAAUGCUGAGCAGCUCUAGUAUCCUCGACCACACCCCCUCCCCCAUGGACACCAGUGACCUGGGCUUCUCCCCACACCCAGCGGGGGGGCUGGACUUUGGAGACCCCACCCUGGACAGUAUGGACUGGCUCGACAUCUCCAUGGGUGGUGGUGGAGGAGGAGGGGGUGGAGGAGGAGGGGGCACCAGCCUGGCCCCUCUGGGACCUCACGCUCCCACCAGUGUGUUCUCAGCAGACUUUCUGGACAGCACGGACCUACACCUGCAAUGGGACUCCUGCUUGUAGCCUGGGAGGUCAACAUAGACACUUUUACACACACAUACACACAACAAAUACAUACCCAAAAGCAUACACAUGAAGAUGCGCGCUGCACACAUACACACAGAAAAUACUGUACCACACACACUCAUGGUAGCUAGCUUACACUGUGUACAGAGUCCAUCUCUAUUUCUCACAAACACACUCUUCCUAUGCUGACGUCACCACUGCAGCCUCUCACUUAUGCUGGAGGAGAGGAACCAACAGGUAGACCUGGAGCACCGCCCCACAGCACCGCCCCACAGCACCACCCCCCCCCGCCCCCUGGCCACAUGGCCCAUUGUAACUCUGGCUAAACUGAGGCUGCACUCCUGUUAGAAUGUGUCCUUCCAUGAUGACAUGGAGUCAACGAGCCGGGAGGACAAUGUCACCAAGUUUGAUUUAGCAAGAAUAUUUUCACAGUUUGUGAAAGAGGUCGAGAGGUAGAACGUUCUUCUCAUGUCAGUGGAGUCACGCUCACCUCUACAGCGCACCCUAGUGGUGGAGUGGAGUGCAAGCCAAAAACCAGUGACCAGUGCCUCCAACUUUGCACUUAAAUGAAAAAAUAAAUAAAUAAUGUAAUGACUGAGAAUCUGGUCAUAACCCCUAAACACCAUUGUUUGAAACCUGCUGAUGAAAUUAUCCAUAAACCUCAUUGGUGGAAACUAGCUGAUGAACGUAUCCUCAUUGGUGGAAACCAGUUGAUGAACUGCACGUCAUUGGAGGUUGGUUAAUACUCAAGGUGUUCACUAGACCACUAUGCAUUGCUGUAUAUGGGGUGUAUAAUUGAUUGUCCAUAUUAUUUUUUUCCUGGUUUCUUAGAGACUAGCAGAGGGAAAUAAAGGGUCUGGACUAGACUUCCAAACAUCUUGGACCUUGUCCUUUUUUUUAUAUAUAAAAAAAUAAAUCAUGUGAUAACUUGAAAA